AUGCCGACUGCAGCUGGAGAUUGUGCCGCGGCCUCGAAGAAGUCUGAUAAGCGCAUCAGCCCGGCCCUCUUCACCGCCGGCGUCAAGGGUUACGCGCAGCUGAAAGCCGACCGCGACUUCGCCUACUGGGUCGUGCAGGAUUUUGAGGGGCGCAAAAUCCUGCUCCGGUGUGCCCAUGCCGAAGACUCGCAACCCGAGCACGUGCUCCCAGAAGUCUCGAAAAUUGGCAACGAAGUCAACGCGUACGGGGGCGGCACGCUGGCGCUCGGAGACGACGGGGCCGUCUACGUUGUCACCCAGCACACGAUCGCCAUGCUGACCCCGGCCGGAAAAUACGAGCUGAUCUACGAUGGCAAGGAGCUGGGCCAGGACUUUGCCGACCUGACGAUCCACGGCCGACACCUGGUCGCGGUUUGCGAGCAGUCCGACACAACGAAGGGCUACGACUUGAACCCGACCAACAAGCUCAUCCACAUCGACCUCGGCACGAAGAAGAUCCGAGACCUGGUCACCGGCGCCGACUUCUACGCCUCGCCGCGCAUCAGCCCCGACGGGCGACGACUGACAUGGAUGCAAUGGAACCACGGCAACAUGCCCUGGGAUGAGACGCAAAUCGGCCAUGCCGAGCUUCUCUCGGCCGCCAGCGAAGCAGACGAUCUUCUGGCCGACGUGCGCAUCAUUCUCGACGGACAAGGCAAAAAGAUCAACUACCACCAGCCGACGUGGUCCAACGAGGGCCGCCUGUUCGUCGCCUCGGACGAGCAGGACGACCACUGGAACGUCUACGAGGUCGAUGUCCAGCCCAACGAAGCUCCCGCCAAGACCCGGAAGUGCCAGACGAGCCGGAUCGGCACCGAAUGCGGCACACCGCACUGGCAGUUCGACAACGCGCAGUUUGCGGUGCACAAUGAUCAAAUCUUCUACCACUUCAACGACGGCAUCCUGGCCCUGGGCGACGUCGACGGGAAGAAGUUGCUGGAAGUGCCGUCGGGCACCGGCGGCUACACCCACUACUCCCAUCUCCAAUAUUGUGGCAACGGGCUUGCUUACGCUAUCGCCACAGGACCCCGAAAAGCCCAAUCGAUCGUCAGGAUCACCGUCAAAGGUAACAUUGACGAGCAGUUCAAGUCAUCGAGCACCCUGCAAAUCGAACCCAUCCGCGUGCUGGCCGCCGUGAAGUCGGACGAGGAACUGCAGGGACUGCCCCUGUCCGUGGCUGAGGAGAUUUGGGUCGACGGGCCCGCGGGGAUUCGUUUUCCUGGGUGGUAUUACCCACCUUCGACGCGUCUCUCUUUAAUUAUUUUUUUUUCGAACCCGGAUCGGGACGAGAGCGCGCUGCCCCCGACGAUCUUCCAGUGCCACAGCGGCCCCACCGCCCAGGCGCACGACGGGCUCGACCUCCGGAAACAAUUCUUCACGUCGCGCGGCUUCGCUAUGUUCGACAUCAACUACCGGGGCUCCACCGGCUACGGCAGCAAGCUCAGGAGAAGUCUCUACGGCGCGUGGGGCGACAACGAUCGCGAAGACCUCGUGCUGUCGGUGAAGAAGCUGAUCGCCGACGGGCGCGCCGACCCCAAGAAGAUCCUGCUGAAGGGCGGUUCAGCCGGCGGCCUGGUGGUGAUGCGCGCCCUCCGCGCCGAGCCGUCCCUCUUCACGGCGGCCGUGAUCAACUACGGCGUGCUGGACCUGGAGCGGAUGGUGGCCGAGACGCCCAAGUUUGAGAUCGGCUACAACCGGCAGCUGCUUGGCGCGGACCCCGCCAUUUGGGCCGAGCGCUCGCCGAAGAAUCACGUGGAAGCCAUCACCACCCCAGUCUGCUUCUUCCACGGCUCGAAGGACCCGGUGGUGGCCCCGGCGCAGUCCGAGGAAAUGCACGCCGCGCUGGCCGCGCGAGGGGUGAAGACGGCUCUUCGCAUUCUGGAAGGCGAAAGCCACGGCUACCGCACACGCGAAGGGGUGACCAUCGCCAAUGAGGGCGCCUACUCGUUCUUCUGCGCCAUCAUGGGCAUCCCGUGCGCCAGCGAGGUUGAGUUGGACAUCAAGAAUCUGCAC